AUGACAGAUAAUAAGCGAUUUCAGAGUCGAAUUCUAUUGAUUGAUAAAAAUGGUGAUAGAAUAUAUCCAGAAUUUAUUACACCUUUAGUUCACCAAUUGAAACCAACUAGUGAAUAUGCUAAUGUGGAUAUUUGUUUUGAAAAUAAUCAAUUAACUAUCCAACGUAAUGAUCAAUCAAUAGUUUUAUUUCGACGUCCAUCUUAUUGCCCAUUUACGAAUCUUCAUUUACAAAAUAACUCGUCAAACAUACCAAAUAAUCCAUCGAAUUCCAUUGCAAUCGGCGUAGUUGUAUUAUUUGAAUCUCAUGAUCAUCGUGUUUUGAUAACAAGACGAGCAAGUCAUAUGCGGACAUAUCCGUCAUGUUGGGUAUGUCCUGGUGGUGGUAUUGAACAGGACGAAACAAUUGAACAAGCAGGUAUUCGUGAAUUAUUUGAAGAAGUAGGCAUCGAAGUAAAUAAAAAUGAACUGGAAACAUCGAAAAUUUUAGCUUUAUGGGAGUCAGCAUUUCCAGUUGAUCUCAAUCAUGGCUUACCACGUCGUCAUCAUAUUGUUAUUUAUUUACAUGUAGAAUCAUCGAGAGCAAGUGAUGAAAUAUCGGUUAAAACCGACCCUAGCGAAGUCGAUGCUUAUGCAUGGCUUUCGUAUGAACAAAUAGAGAAUAUUUAUAAAAGAACUGAUUCAUUAGAAAACUUAUGUCUAUUUAAAGCAUAUGUUCAUCUAACAGGCAUAUGUGAUUUACCAUUCGAUUUACUCACGACAGCUGAUUAUAAUCAAAAGGAAAAUUUAACUAACGGUACACGUUUUGCACUUGGACAAUUGUAUAUUCAGAAGUCAGAAACAAACUUUGUUAUUCGAUGA